AUGCAUGUUACUACCAACGACGAGCACGACUUCAGCCCUUACUCGGCUCCUAAAGAAGUACGGUUCAAUGACAACUACUCUACAGCUAACCAGCUGGAGAAAGACCAAGAAGAGAUCACGGCUAUGUACGUGAUCAACCACAUACGUCAACUAUUCCUACUUCAAGACUCUGGUACCGAGCCAUCUGAAGCGGAUCUACACAAGGCCCUCUUCCCUACGACGAGGACUUACCCAGACGACCUGUUUGUGGGCCAGGCCGACUGUAACCAAUCGGGAAAAGAUCCUACGACGAACGACUACUAUGUUCACUAUACUUCUGCUGCAUCGACGAGAACAUCCCCCAACGUGGAUUUGGCUACCCCCCACCAUGACGAGAACCACGACAACGACGAUGUGGUAGACAACAACUUCGACGACAAUCUACCUCCUUGGGAUGUCCUCUUACGUCAUUGGAUGUGGGAUGUCAAGGCACCCUUAGGUAGAGUAUGUGUACGGUUACCCUGGUUGGGAGAAGAACGUCCACCUAACAACUUCAAUAACGCUGCACAUCGUGGUACUGCUUCUACGAGACGACUCUCUCCAGAACAACGUGAUGCUUUUGAGGCAGCACUACAAGUAUAUACUACUCGAGGAUUCUGCACAAUCGUCAAGAACAACUAUGUCGACGGUACUCUCAAGCCCCCAACCUUUGACGAAUGUCAGACGGCAUGGGAUGUUAUGACACGUGAUACGGCCUUGGAGGGCACUGUCGUUAUUAAGCCCUACCAUUAUACGCCAUCACACAUGGUCUUUAGAGACAGUCAUCCUACGACGCCUUGUCGUAUCGUUCUAGACUUCCGUACGUUGAACAAGUUCACUAAACGUGGCGGUAAGACCCAGAACGACCUACAAGGAGUACUACUACAGCUGAGGAGCUUUCCCUACUUCAUCUCUGCCGACGUCUCCAAGGCAUUCUGCCAGAUGAAGGCUUCAUUAUACGACGUUGGCUAUUCCAGUUAUACGUGUAUUGGGAACUAUACUGUCCUAUGGUCGAGUAUCGCCUUUGGCAGUAAUAAUGCCCCCUGUAUGCUAGAGGCAAGUAGCCACGACGUGGUACUGGAAAUGGAACGACUUCUAACGUCUUCUCUGUCUGUACAACGUGAGGUACACAAGGCCGAAGUUACCGGUUCACCACCACGACUACUCUCUAACGUGCAGAUCGAGCAGGCACUAUUAAUGCCCUCUGCGACUGGCGUAGAGUAUCUAUUACGAGGUCCUUCUAUACCUACUAGAAUGUUACUACUCAAAUACGUUGAUGACCUCUAUUACGGUGGGAGAACUAGAGAGGAAGCACGACUUGGUUACGAGUUCGGCUCUCACGUCUUCACUGGACAUGGCUUCGGUAAUGACCCCGUUAAGUCCUUCUGCAACUGGUUGACUGCGGACGGUAACGACGGUGCCAAGAAGUCCGUCCUUGGAUACCUGCUCAAGUUAGACGUCGACAAAUUCCACGCGGUUUACUCCGGCUACGUGCCAGAUGGUGAAGUCACUAAGUUACAGGCUUGUGCAGCCUUGGCUUCUCUCUACGACCCUCUUGGCCUCUACGUUGAGCUAGACAUACAAGGACGACUACUUUGGCGAGAAGUCUGUCAGGCUCAUAAAAACUGGGACGACAAGCUCAAUGAUGAUUUGGUCCAUCGGAUCAAA